GAGAGAGAGAGAUUUUUUUCUUUUAUAUAUAUUUUUUAUAUAAAUAUAUUUGUUUAUUUAGUAUGUGAGUGUAGCUGUGAGUCUGUUUCUUUCUUCACCUGCGAUGUUUGCACUGUUGUCUUCUCAUUUGGAAGAAGUAAUUUGCGGUUUUGUUAUUUGCUCAAAGAAAAGGAAGAAAACGACUUACAUCUCUCUGGCUUGAAGCAGCAGCUUUGCAGAGAGUGAAAGAUUUUUUUUUUUUCUGCUUCUGUUUUGGGGUUGUUUACAAAACACAUGCUUUGCAAAAGUGCGCUACAUUUAUAUUUGAUGUGGAAGUAUUUACGUCUUGGGUCUCUGAUUCAAGUAGAAAAGGGGACAACUUCAGCGUCCAAGUGAUGGGAAUAGGUGAUGUUGCGAUUCGUUAGCGUCUUUCUCGUGAAGAUUUUGAGUCGAAAUUCGAUUUUUAUCUCGGUGUGCUAUUCCUUACAGUUUCGAUUUUCAAAGCACUUGAAAGCUUCUUCCAUAUUCUGUUGGGUUUCAAAGUUUGCGUUUCCUCUCGUCAACAAUUUGGAGUAUUUUGGUGGAGCAGAACGCCGGAACCUCUUCUUCUUCGUUCAUACAUUUUGAAGCUCCUUAGAGUUUGUCCUCUGCUUUAUUCUGGUGUGUUGGUUUAGGACUAAAAAAUUUGAGUUUGUAGCUCGAAAGAUGUGGGUUUUCGGGUUUGUUUUGGUUUUGAGCUUCUGCUUUCAUUUAUAGGAUCUUGGCGCUUGUGGCCUUUUAUGGUCCUAUGGAGAAAAGAAGAUACAGUCCCGAAUUGACCAAAGUCACAGCUAUGCUUUUGCUGUUGAGUUUUGGCUUUCAUCCCAUAAUUGUACAAUGCCAAGAAAGUGGUACUAACAUGACCAGUCACCUCUCCACCCAAACUCCAUCGCCGUCUAGGCCACCCCAUUUAAACACUGAACUCAAGAGAAUUCUUCUCAGCAUCGUUUUAGGAGUCUUAACUGGAUUAACAGGAGCUAUUAUUUGCGCUUGCGUCGUCCGUUGCUUGGUCUGCUACAUGAACCGAACCCCAAUCCUGAAAGGCCCUGUUAUAUUUUCCCCAAAGAUAUCUCCCAAAACUCUUCAAUCAGCUCUCGCGAGCGAAAACCAGUUGCUGGUUUCUAACUCAAAUGGAAAAUACUACAGAACGGUUCUAGACAAUGGACUCACUGUUGCUGUCAAGAGGCUCGAACCAUUUGAGAGUGGCUCACAGGAGAGGCAGAGCAAGUCUGCCAAGCGAAGGAUACAGCAGGAGCUGGGAAGGUUAGCCAGCUUGAGACACAGGAAUUUGAUGAGUUUACGAGCUUAUGUUCGAGAAUCUGAUAGGUUCUCUUUGGUCUACGAUUAUUUGCCAACUGGGAGUCUUGAAGAUGCAAUGAAUAGAGUGAGGGAGAAUCAGUUGCAGCUUGGAUGGGAAGUUCGGCUUCGGAUUGCUGUUGGGGUUGUUAAGGGGCUUCGAUAUCUUCACUUUGAAUGCGUCCCUCAGAUUUUGCAUUAUAAUUUGAAGCCUACAAAUGUGAUGUUGGAUGCUGAGUUUGAACCAAGGUUGGCGGAUUGUGGGUUGGCAAAACUCAUGCCUAAUUUGGAUAAAGCUACAUCUGGCUACCGUGCUCCCGAGUGCUUCCAGAAUUGCAGAUAUACAGACAAGGGUGACAUCUUCAGCUUUGGGAUGAUAUUGGGUGUUUUGUUAACCAGGAGAGACCCUACUGAUCCAUUCUUUGGGGAAGCAGCCAGUGGAGGUAGUUUAGGUCGUUGGCUGCUGCAUUUGCAGCAAGCAGGGGAGGCAAGGGAAGCACUAGAUAAGAGUAUUCUUGGGGAAGAAGGUGAGGAAGAUGAGAUACUAAUGGCAGUGAGAAUUGCUGUUGUUUGCCUAUCAGAUUUGCCGGCAGAUAGGCCUUCAAGUGAUGAGCUUGUCCUAAUGUUAUCUCAACUGCACAGCUUUUAACAGGAAUCGUAAUUGUAUUUGCCAAACUGCAGCCUGCAAAUUUUGGAAAUUGGAUUUUUGCUUAGAGGGAUUUGGUCUGCAAUUCUUAUUCGCUGAAAAAUUGUGAAAAGGCCAUAGUGUGGUGUAUGCAGGUGUAGCAUUUUUGUUUAGUCUCCACAGCUUGUUGAAUUUGUAUGAUUUUCUUUUCUAUCACAGCGUACAGUGUUGUAUACAUGACUUAACCCGUAAUUCGAGAAUCAACACUGAUAUGGUCAAGGGAAUUACCAACCCCAUAGAAGAGACUGUUUUUAUUGAUGACUACUACGUGGGACACAUCUCUAUUAUUGUGUUCUCAACUAAUGAUGGUGGGGCUUUGUUGGCUGUCUUUAUUUGGACAACCCUUUUUAAAAUUACAGGUCCUUCUAAACUUAAAAAAUCAUGAAUCUCUUUUUAUCCUGAUUGGCCAUAUGAAGCUUAAAGCAUUGCGUGAACCUUUAAA